AUGCGCGGGUGGGUGGGAACCCAGCUGAACGACCAGGACGGCACAGUGGUUCCGGAGAAACACGGGUUGACUGACAGCGGCGAGUUUGAUGACGGACAGAGACAGUUCAGAAUUCGAAGGGUCAUCACCGCCAAGACGAAGUCGUUCCGGGUGGACGGCGACGAGAACCACAAACCGCCAGCAGUUCACACCACGGUCACCCAACAGGUUACCGUAGCGUACAACUUCAGCAGCAUCAUGCCAAAUGCCGACGCUGCCAACGUCGCAUACAACUACCGAAACAGCGGCUAUCGAAAAUGCACUCACCAUUCGAUUUCGAUCGACUGA